UCCUUGCAUACAAAGUGAGAGCCAAGAGAAAGGCGAGCGAGCGAGUGACUUCUAGUGUCUGUGUGUGCUGGUGUUGGAGAGAGGAGAGACAAAGGCGGACGUGCGAGCAUGGAAACACUCUGCUUUGUACAGCGUGUGAUGAUAGCCGUCCAGCUGCUGCUCCUCCUGUCUGCAACUCUGGGUGCCCAGAGUGUUACAUCGAAGAUCGACCACGACAGUGAAGCGUCCGGUGGGAGCGGAGGAGACGCGAAGCUGCGCUGCGUCUACAAGGGAAGCAAGACCGCCAGACAGAUAAUGUGGGAAAAGGAAACAAAUCAAGAGAGUGUGUACAUAGCAAGUCGCCAUGAUGAUAAAAGUCACGUGUUUGAUGUUACGUUACAAGGGCGCCUGACUUUCCUUGGCCAAGGAAACAACGAUGCCACCAUCUUAAUCCGCACGCUGCGUGCCUCGGACAGCGGAACCUACAUCUGCAAAUUCAUGACAAUGACAGGGCUUUUGGAGGCGAAGAUCAACCUCAUCGUGGUCGUGACGCCAGAGGUGACGUUGGCGUUGGGCCCGGCUCCCUUGGUGUCCGGUGGCGGCGCGUCUCAGCUGGCGGCGACCUGCGUAGCGGCCAACGGGAACCCCGCGGCGAGUGUAGCCUGGACCCUGAAGAACGUCUCGGGGAGCCACUUUCACUUUGACGCCAUGAAGGUUGACGCGGGCACCAUCAUCGAUCACAAAAAUGGCACCAUCAGCGUGACGCGGGAGCUGCGGUUGGAGCCGACGAAGGAGAUGCACAAAGCGUCGCUCGCGUGCGUCGUGACGCAGCCUGGGAAUGUCAAUCGGAUCGAGAAAAUCGUCGCUCUCGAUGUGCACUACAAGCCGGAGGUGACGGUCAGUGGAGUCACUGGCCCCAUGCAAGAGGGAAGCGCCAAGGUCACUCUCAGCUGUCGUGCCGACGCCAAUCCCAGCGCGAAGUACUCGUGGAUGAGGAAUGGUACACAUAUGAAUGGCUCUGGCCACAACACGCUGACUCUAGAUCGUGCUGUGAGUAACUCCGGGAUUUACCAGUGCAUUGCUGUGAACUACAUGGGCUCGGACGCUGGCGAGAUCGAAGUCAACAUCACCCACGCGCAAGAUGGCAAUGAGCCCUGUAUCAUAGCUGUUGCCAUCGUAGUGCCACUGAUGGCGUUGGUGGCCGUGGUCGGAGCCAUUUACUUCUUCCGCAAGAAAGGCAGUCCUGUCACGAACCGCAUGCAACAUCUGGAUGAGAGAAUAAUGAAUUCUACUGAAACGAGCCCACCUAACCAAGAGGCCAGUCACUACGAGCCUCUGAAGCCGCAUGCAGAGAACGCCUAUGGCAAAUUAAAUCACCCCACGUACGCGAACGCUUGAAACUGAGCACUUCGGGAACACAACGACGGCAUGCAUUACAUGGAAUUCAAAACUCAAGAGCACGGAGUACAAUCGGCAGUUACAUUUUUUCCGGCCAUGGCGACACACAAAGACCCCCCCCCCCCGCCC